ACGCUGUCGUGAUCUCAAAAUUGCACGGAUUCACUCGCAAGCUUUUGCAAACAACAUCAUCAGCGCGACUUUACGAACACCAGCGAGAAUUGUCCUCACUCGUGCUCACAAGCUGCUUACCACACUCGAUGGUCCCGAUCAUUGAGGUGUCCAGUCCUUUCACGCGUGUUUUCGUGCGCGGGUGAUCUCUGUUCUUGCAACUCGCUCUCUUGCCCUCAUCCCGCCCCAGCUCCUCGAAAACCACGAUUUGUUCAGGCAACGAUGUCUUCUCCAUCCAAGCAAACACUAUCCCCAACAAGCGACACCUGGAAGACUCCUCCAACCACGCCAGAGAAGCCCGCACCUGACACAGCACCAAUCAGCACGAAAGAGAACGACUACAAGAUCCAGCACAUCCAAACCUCGGUCGAAAAUCUCUUCAACCUGGUCUCCGACAAAUUCCCACACAUUCAGUUGAAGCAAACCACCAUCGAGACGAGCCAAGCAAAUCUCGAGGCGAACCAAGCAUUCCUCGAGGAGAACCACGCAAAUCUCGAAGUGAGCCAAGCAACCCUCGCGGUGAACCAGGAAAAUCUCAAGGCGAACCAAGCCACCCUUGAAGCAAACCAAGCCAAGCUCGAAGCAGAACUCGCCACCGUCAAAGCCUUCCUCGCCGAGCAUGCCACCGUGUUUGCUCAAAGAUCGUCAGUUUCUUCCGACAGCAACACGAAUGCCGACACCAGCACGGACACCAGUACUCCGUCUCCCAACGAAACCGGUGAACAGACAUCUCUGAAUCCUGCUCCACAGGACGACACAAAGAAACCUACUGCCAUCGAGACCCCUGAACAGAUCAGAUCGAAUUCAGCUGCAUCUCCACAGACGCCCCGAGAUCCCGAAAGCAUAUCUCUGACCAUCACGGUCCGGUUCAUCAGCGACAAGAGCGUCAAAUAUACCUUGAUCCACCAUGCUCCCGCCACUAAAUGUGAGUCACCAUACGAUACGAGACACGAGAUCGUCACAAUAUGCUCGAGGGAGAACGCGCCGCUGUGCAAAGACAUCGACUUGGUACGACUGAUCCGCGACUGGACCAAAGUCACGUUCAAGUUGGAGGAAGACGGAUUCGCGGCGGAUCAUACCCGGGCACCCACCACGAUAGACCAGUCGUGUGCCUUCCCUGAGUCGAUAUACGAGGCAUGGUUCUUCAGAAACGUCCUCCGGGGCAACAAGGCUGUUUACGAGGUCGAUGUCAAGAUUAAUAUUCAGGCAUAGAAGCAUCAGAAAGCAUGGGUCGACAACCAAGCGGGCUCGGCUUGGAAUGUAGAGAGUAGGAACUGAGAGCACGGCGACACCAUAGACAAGUGUAUGAGAUAAGUAGCUAUCUGAGGCCUGAGACCAUCUUGAGCCGAGGAACGAGAAAACACGUUCUCGGGAAAUGAAUUAGUAUGACCGACUGGUAGCGUUGGUUCUGUAUAACCCUUCCAAACUCCAAACACACUCGCCCUCAAAUCCUCUUCAUACGUGUAUAAAGAAGAAUCAAC